UUUCUCAGGCUGAUUUCAGUCAGUUUUCCGUUCCAUCCUCGGCAGUGAACACCUAAAUUUAAGGCAGUUUCAAGUUUCCUUUGGACUCCAUUUGUAAAAAGUUCAACAAAAAUAAAAACAAAAUCAUGUACAUGUACGUCAACCCGAACUAUGUUCUAGUAGGGGGACCCUGCUGCGGUCCUUGCGGUGGAUGUGGUCCCUGCUGUGGUCCUUGCGGUGGAUGUGGCCCCUGUGGUGGGUGUGGCCCCUGUUGCGGACCCUGUGGACCUUGCUGCGGCGGCACAAGCUCUUUCUGCGGUUGCGGCCCUUGCUGCUGAACCAACUGAACGGAAAACCCAUGGGAAUACUUGAGGCUGCCAUGUGAAAUACGAAAAUUAAACUAUGUGGGAGACAACAA